AUGAGCCAGAGGAAGACAACGAGCAGGUCCGGGUCCGGGGCCAGAGGAGCCAGAGGGGCCGGCAGAGCAGCAGCAAACUUCAACAGCGCAGCUCCAGGACACCGCCUGUGUGCCAAGCUCCCGAGCUCCAGCAGGGCUACUGGUGCCAGCCCAAAGGCCCACCCGGGAAGAGACUCCAAGGAGCGGCCACGACAAAACAGCUGCCCCUAUGUUGAAAGCAGUGACUCCCACAGCAGCCUGGCAGAUCCCAGCAGUGGCAGCGAUGACAAUUGCAAAGGGAAUGAAAGGAAGAACGACACCAGCAGGCCUGCGGGCAACAAGAGGAGCAGCAUCCGGAGGGCUGCGGGCGAUCAGGGGAGCGGCUCCAGCAGGGCUGCGGGUGGUACCAGCAGGGAUACUGGUGACAAGAGCAGGGCUGCGGGUGGUACCAGCAGGGAUACUGGUGACAAGAGCAGGGCUGCGGGUGGUACCAGCAGGGAUACUGGUGACAAGAGCAGGGCUGCGGGUGGUACCAGCAGGGAUACUGGUGACAAGAGCAGGGCUGCGGGCGACAAGAGGAGCAGCACCCGGAGGGCUGCGGGCGAUUUCAGCAGAAAUGGGACUGGCACCAGCAGGGCUGCGGGAGACCAGGGGACCAGCUCCAGCAGGGCUCUGGGCAACACCGGCGGUGGGAAAGAUCGGAAUUUAAACAAAGUCUUGAGGAAUGUGGUUGAAAAUCUGCGGAUUAGGUCAGCCCAGAAAUCGCGAGCAUCGAAGCAGGUCAAUGAGGUGGUGGAUCAUUUGUUGCGUUACAUCAAGAAGGAUCCUGCCGGCUGUUUUGCAGCAAUUGCAAAGUUAGCGAGUGGCAGCUACUACGAGAAUGUGAAGAUUUCAGAACCAAAUGAAUUUGACAUAAUGAUCACCGUCCCUGUAAAAAGAAUCGAUUUUAUGGAAGUGGAUUCUGAAGGUGCUUUCUAUCAAGUAGCAUUUAAGAGAAAUCCAGGUACCAACCCGCUCAGUCAGUUUGUUUAUGAUGGAACACUGUCAGCUGAAGAAAUGAUUUGUCACCUCAGGAAACUCAUAAGAGAAGCAGCAAAAACUCUGUCAGGAUACAAUAUAAAAGUGGAAAGGAAAAAGCCAGGAAGUCCUGCUGUGACACUUCAGAUUGAGGACAAGGAACAUGGGGCGAUCUCGCUGGACAUGGUUUUAGCUCUGGAGGUUCAUUCACAGAGCUGGCCAGGUAGCACCGCGGACGGUCUGAAGAUUGAAGAUUGGUUAGGAAAGAAGGUCAGGAAGGAUUUCAGAAUGGAGCCUUUUUACCUCGUGCCAAAGCAGCCACUUGAUGUGACGCAAGGAACUCGAAAUCAAUCACAUAAAGAAAUGUGGCGGAUUUCAUUCUCACACAUUGAGAAGAAGAUGCUCCUGAACCAUGGCAACUUAAAAACCUGCUGUGAGAAUGGAUCACCUAAAUGUUGCAGGAAAUCCUGUCUGAAGCUUUUGAAAAACCUCAUCCAAAAACUGAAGGGCAAGAAUCCUCGCAUACUGGCGAACGUCUGCUCAUACCAUGCAAAAACAACUCUGCUCCAUGCAUGUGUGAAAAGACCCAAAGAUGAAAUGUGGACCUUUGAAGACCUUGAUAUCUGCUUUCUUCAGCUGUUGGAUGACUUCGUUAAACAUCUUCAGGCCACCAACCUUCCUCAUUUCUUCAUCCCCACUUACAAUCUCUUCCAACCUCGUUUAUUUGAUUCAAAAUGUAGAGAAGCACUGCUGCGUCUGAUUGAAACCGAGAGAAACAAAGACUUUCCAAUCUUCUCAAGGCCCAACUAACUGUAGUCACCUCUGAUUCAGUUGGAGAGAAAUAUAGGUGGAAAGAGAUUUUGAGAAGGUUGUUCUAAUAAAACAAGCAUCCAGGAUCCUGGGCUAAAUUAAUGAGGAAUAGAGUACAAAUGCAAGGAAGUUAUGCUAAACAUUUGUAAAUCACUAACAAAAACAGAAUUACCUGGAAAAACUCAGCAGGUCUGGCAGCAUCGGCGGAGAAGAAAAGAGUUGACGUUUCGAGUCCUCAUGACCCUUCAACAGAAUUUGUAAAUCACUGGUUACUCUGCGGCUGGAGAAUUGUACUGAGUCUUAGAAAGGCCUUGGGGAGUGUGUAGAGUGGAUUUACAAGAAUAGUAUAAGCGAUGAGGGAAUUCAGUUAUGUGGAGAGAUCAGAGAAACUGGGAUUAUUCUCAUUAGAGCAGAAUAGAUUACGGGGAGGUUUAAUAGGAAUGUUCAAAAUCAUAAAGGCUUUUGAUUGAGGAGGUAGGGACUGAUGGGUGGGUUGGUAAUCAGAGGUCAUACAUUUAAGGUAGUUGGCAAAAGAACAGGGGGUGGUGGGGGAGAUGAGAAUGUUUUUUUAACGCAAUGAGUUAUGAUCUGGAAUGUGCCACCUGAAAGGAUAGUGGAAGGAAUUCAAUAAUGACAUCAAAAGGGCAUUAGAUAUAUUAUACUUGAAAAUGUGAUAUAUAUACGGCUAUGGUGAGAGAGCCGGGGAAUGAGAUAGACAGCUUUUUCCAAAGAGACAGUAGAGGCUUGAUGGGAUGAAUGGCCUCCUUCUGUGCAGCAAGGUUCUGUGAUUCAAUGAAAUGAGAAUCUGAUAUAUUAUGCAAUAUAUUUUUGGAUCAAACACUAGAAUCCCGUUCUCACCUUGCCAAAAAGCCUCAGGUCUUAAUGGUGAAUAAUUUAUUGGGAUUAAAAAAUGUUCAAACUAUUGAAUUUCAUACAAAGGUAAGUUAAUUAUAGAACAGUAGUGCAGUAAAGACCUCAGGAACACUAUUAGAAGAGACUAAACAUGAAACCUUAAGGCCCCCCCCCACCCCCAACACACACACACACACACAGACUUUCCCAUUAUAAAUUCCUAAACUCACAUUUGCUGCAGCCUAUCAUUGACGGGCGGGUGUAAUUGUAGUGUGGCCAGUUUCCAAUAUAAAUAUGGACCGAGGGUAUUAUAACGGAAAUAUAUAAAAAUGAGAAGAGAAUGGGUACUAGAUUACACGUACAAGCACUGAACCAGUUAGCCCCUGCCCUCAUACCCUAUUCCACCAGAAGACACACAUUUGUUCUGGACUUCAUGUGUGUUAUGUCAUUGGGUGAAGGGGGGGAUGGUGGAGAGAUUGACUAAUGUACUGUUAAAAAUCAUCUAGAAUAUACUCUUCCUGCCCACAAAUCUUGCUUCUGGUUGUCAGCUUUUCAUCGUGCUUUUCUAUCUACCCAUUAAUCUUGCCAUUGUCAUGUUGCAGAUUCCCAGCUCUGCCACAGGUGGCUGAGAGCAAAUUUCCAAGUUUGAUUUCCCUCACUACCUCCAUCUACCAUGUAAAAGGAUUUGCUGCUUUCUAUUUUUUGUACUGAGUGUGUCAGACUCACAAUAUUUAAAACCAGGAAAUGUUCAGUGCUCCAACCAACAAAAUAGAAUAAUUUGACGAUGAGUGGAUUCAUCAAAUGAUGCUUUUUAUACUUUAUUCUUUUGUUUGUAUAUUGUACAUACAGAACCUCUGUG